UCUGUCCUCCAAGGACUUGGAACGGUAGUUCAUAUCUAUAUUUUUUUAAUACAUAGGUAUAGGGAACAUUGUCCUAUGUUACGUCACUCCAAGGAGGACUUACAAAUGUGCCGAAAGCCGGUAGGAGAGGCAUUGGGCUAUGUUUGUGUGUUACACGAGGGCCGGUGCGUUAUUUGCGAUUUUCAAUACGAAGAGACACUAGAGACGAUGCGCAAGGUUCAUUUAUGCGAGGACUGCAGCCUCGUCCGGGAAGGAGAAGAGCGGUGUAUCAUGUGUGGUUCAAAUAACACAACAGAGGUGGCUUACUACUGCCAGUAUUGUGUUGCGUUAGAGAAAGACAGAGAUGGGUGUCCGCGGGUCCUGAACAGGACACGACUGCAGCUGAACGCUGCCUUGCGUGCUGCUGUUCUACAGCAAUCUCGACCACAGUAAUGUCUCUAUGAGACGGUCGGUUGUUUUUACAGGACCUUGCGAUAUAUUCUUAUUGCCGCGUUUAAAGGAUAAUAUUUCGAAGCUGUUUUGCGUCUAAAAGAAA